GUUUAUUCGGGGCGAGCUUGUUGGAUUUCAAAAUGACCUUAACUUGGGGCACACUGUCAUCAUUUCAUUUUGAUCAUAUCGCUUAUCGAAGAGCAAGCAGCGUCUAGGACGUUCACCAGGAAAUAUACUGAGCGCUGUAGUGGCACGAUGUGGUUGAAAUUGCGGCAAGACUAUGAAAGCCUCCCUCAAUCAGAAGGAAAGGGAGGAGAGAUCAACUCUCAAUCGGCAAGGAGCCUCAACCGCCGAUUCUCGCGAUCAACUGUUGCGCUAGGAUUCACCAACGUAAUCACGCUUGUUGCUCUCUUUUUUGCCAUCAAUGCUACACCUUCAAAGGAUGAGAUCGCAGAGCUGUGUACACGGGAGUUUUCGACAAUAUCGCCCGCUUUUGAGGCCAUCAAGUACAAAGCACCAGUUCAUUACAAUGCCGAGUUCAGGCAGACAAACAAAUGGCGCGGCCCUCCUGGAACACAUUCAAACGAAAUCGACAUUGCAUGGCACGAGAUCGAGCUAGGGGCGGGAGGCAUUCGGGUCACUAAAGAAGAAGUCAAGUUACUCAAUAUGACUGACUCACCUGAGAUGCCAUUCCAUAAAAUCCCCGAAGAACAAGGCGGCGGGUACUUGGCUAUGCUGGAGGUUUUCCAUUUGCUUCAUUGUUUGAACUCUUUGAGAAUGGGACUAUUCUAUAACUACGAUCAUUACAAAUUCUUGGACGAGGGCGUCCCUGAUGAAAACAUACAUUCCCACUUUGAUCACUGCAUAGACAUGCUGAGGAUGAACCUGCAAUGCCAGGCAGAUGUUACCCCGGCUCUCUUCGUGGACCCCCUCGACAACCCUCUGCGGCGCGAUGCCCUACCCAACUGGUCUUCUAUGCAUACAUGCAGGGACUUUGAUGCGAUUCUGGACUGGAAUAAGCAUGGCCCAAGAUCUGUGCGUUGGCGUGACGCUGGUGCCAACCCAUCAUGGGACCCCACUCUCGAAGGGGCUGAAGAGCCUUUUCCACCGGAAGCAGUUGACGAAGAUCAUCAUCACUGAGUAGGUCUGCGACUGUUAGUCUCUUGUGGAUAGAUAGAUCCAGGGGGACAUGUCAUACACUUGAAGAAGAUAGAAGCUGGGGGAAAAAAAGCGGUAUUGUAUUGAAAGACGGACCCCAAACGCAAAAUCGAAGGGUACAAAACCAAGGAAAAAAGCAAAACCCUUGCCCCUGAAUAAAGCCAUGUUCUGUGCGUUACUGAAAGAC